CUGGCAACACAGGCCCGGGGAAGCAUGUACCACACGCUGUAGGGGGGAAAAAAAAGCAAUAUUUGAUAAGAUUCAUGGAUAAUAAUAGAUUGGGUUGUAGUUCAAAUAGAGACAUCUGAGCCCAGAAUGCACCCUGAUCUCUCACCGCAUCUCCACAGUGAAGAAUGCAACAAGUUGAUAACGCAGCUCCAUGAUUGUCAUAAGGAGAACAGAUUCAUGAAGUUCAUGGGAGUAUGCAAUGACUUUGAUAGAGCUGUAUGGAAGUGUUUAAAAGCAGAGCGUAUUGAAAGAAGGACAAGAAACAGACUUGCAGGUGAAGAGCACAGGAAAAAGAUUCUUGACAAAAUCCAGGAAGGACACACAUGGGACAAAGAAAAUUAAUAGAUACCACAAUCACAACAGGCUGAUAAUUUUUUUUAGAUAUUAUUUUUAUAGCAACUUUUAAGGCAACCAAAGACUUCUCACCAUGGUGUUUGGAGAGGUACCCAUAGAAGAGUCUGUGGUCUUAGACCACAACUAUCCAAGUGUGAGUGAGAGGUAUUUCACCAACUACUAUUUUAUACCAGAUGACUUGAGCAAGUCAAACUCAGCCAGUGGGUAUGAAAAGUCUGAAAAUGGGAAAAACUGUACAGAAAAUAUUAAUUCACAAGACACCAUGGAAGAAGCUACUCCAGCAGAUAAAGAGAAUUCUGAUACUUUUGAGGAAGAAAAAGAAAGUUUACCAUCACCAGAUAAAACUGGACAUACAUGUGUCAUGGUUCAUACCAACAAGUUGUGUCUACUAACUCUUUCUCACCGGCACCCUGUCUUAGCAGAGAAGAAGGAGAUUACAGACAUUAAUUUUGAUGUGGGCAAAUUCAAUCGCUUAAACAACCAGGUGUCAGGAAAGGGUAAACGAGGUGCCCAACAAAUGGGUCUGAGGUCACCACUAUGCAUUAUCACAUGCUCUGAUAGUUCUCAGUACACUGUCCUAGCAGGGGUAAAUGGUAAACUGGUUGAGGUUAAUGAACGCCUCAUUUCAACUCCCCAAUUGCUGAUGCAGAAGCCCAAUGCAGAAGGUUACUUAGCGAUUGUUUUACCUCCACUGCGAAAUGGAGUUUUUGCAAGAAGUAAACUUUUUUCUAAGGAAGAAUAUGAAGCUCUUCUCUGAAUGCCAUUGCUCAUUCCAUGUGUAGAUAUUCAUUGUUAUUGUAUAUUCUGGUAUAGGCUGAUGUUUUUACUUCUGAUUUUACAUAAAUGUUCUUCAAUGUUUUGGCCAUGUAAAUAAAAGAAGAGGUAGUAA